UAUCUAUGUUCUUGAGAGUCUUCACUGUUGUGGAAAUAUAUAAUCAUAUGCUACUAUGCAUUUCCAUUCAAUUCUCUAUUCAGUGACGUCUCAUUGGUAGCUUGAAUUCAGCCCUGGUAGGAGUAUUCACACCCAAACAUAGGUACGUUAUAAAUCGGGUUUAUUAUUCUGUCAAUUGUCUGCACCAGGGGUUGAUCAUGGCCCAAAUCCAGCCCAACUACUUUUGUAAAUAAAGUUUUAUUACAACACAGCCAUGCCUACUCAUUUGCAUACUAUCUGUGGCUGCUUUCACCCUACGAUAGCAGAGCUGAGCAGGUACAAUUAUAUGGCCUGCAAAGCUUGACCUGUUUACUAUCUUGCCCUUUACAGAAGAAACUUGCCCACCCAUGGUCUAGCCUUAACAUCUAACGGAGGAGAUGUUAAUAAUGCAAUUAAAUGUAAACACGUAUGUCCUGUCUCUAGCUAGUACAUUGUAAACAGCACACACACCAAAAAAAACUGAGAAAACACACUGCCGGUAUUUGAAAACUGAUCCAAUACAGCAAAUAAGUCGAUAUGUCAUUGGUGAAUAAGUGAAAUUCCAACAUUUUAUUCUCUCACUUUUUUACUUUCUUCCUCCUGAGAAUGUCAACAUUUAUGUUGGAGCUACAUUUGUUCAUCCAUAACCACCAUAGAUUGGCUAUGGAUAGGAGUUAGGCAAGACCCAGGAAAAGCAUACUGUUAAGAAUGAACUGGCUCUUUGGAAUUUACAAUAAAGAGUAUUGUAGAAUUUUAUUAUUUUAUAUUUGUAUCAGUAAAAUUUAUAAUACACACACAUAGGUAAACACAUUUUGCUUUACAAGCACGCGUACUGUUUUGUUUCCCCUCCAGCAGAAUGUAAACUCCUUGAAAGGAAGAAUGUUCUUUUAUCCCAGUGCUUAGAACAACACCUGACAUGUAGCACGUGCACAGUCAACAUAGGACGGGAGAGAACAGAUGAGCAUAGUUGGGAACCCCUGGUUUCAUGCAUUGACUGUCAGACCUUAAAUUUCCAGCUCCACCAUUAUCCACAUGUGUGGCCUUGAGUAAAUUAUUUAACCCCUUUGAACCCUGGCUUCUUUAUUUAAAAAGAGGAGACAAUUCUCUUACCUCACAAGGAGGUAAGAGAAUGCCUCUACCUGGCACCUACUAGGGUUUUCCACAAAUGGGAGUUUCCUCCUCACCCUCCACCCCUGCCACACACAUACUCCUUGGAGACCCAGCCCUGCUGCUGUCACAAAUUUCAGUGAUGUCACAGCCCCCCUCCCUGGAAGCUCCAGCACAGCCCUCCUGACAGCCAGCCUGAGUGCUGGCCGAACUGAGAGGGGCAGGGUGCAGGUGGUGCCUGAUACCAGUCUUGCCCCAGAUACCUGUCUUUGAGGCCUCACGGCCCCACUAUGAGUCCAUCAGCAAGGAAGAGGCCCAGGAAUAGAAUGGUUUCCAAGCUACAAGAUGAAGAACCAUGGGACAAGAUACCGCAACCUGUCAGCAAAGCAAUUAGGCGGAACCGACUUAAGAUGGUAUUAAAAAACUUGUCGCUCUUGAAGCUGCUCAAGAGCUCAAACCCCCGGAUCCAAGAACUGCAUAACUUGGCCAGAAGGUGUUGGAAUUCGUUGCUCAGAGUUCCGAAGAUCCUUGGGAUCUCCACCAGGAGCAGUAAUGUCUGCGAUAGAGUGGAACAAGAUAAUGAAGAGCUCCAAGAGGCUGAGUGCCCCGAGGAGACACUGGAAUCCAAGAAAUUACAGUCCACAGGGGAGCUCAAGCAGGGGUUGGGGGAGAGGAACAAGGCACAGGAGUCACCUGCAGCAGUGCUCCAGGGCAAAGAGCAGAUGGAGCCUGAGCUCCCAAGGACAUCAAAGGAUCACGGCCUGACCGCUUUCCCUGGAGCCCAGGGAAGGCAAUCACCUAAAGGAGAACCCCGCAUCAUCUUCCUGAAGACCUACCAGCACAAAACUCCCAUGGGGGACAAGCAGCAGCCGGAGGCAGCUGACCAGUGGAUCUGGUUUGAGGGGUUGCCCACCCGAAUCCACCUCCCCGGGCAUCGGGUGAUGUGCAGAUCGUCCACCCUGCGCUGGGUCAAGCGCUGCUGCACGCGCUUCUGCUCUGCGUCACUCGAGCUGCCCAUGUGCCAUCCGUACAGAGUGUGACGACACCACUGCCAGGCCGGGGUGGUGUGACCUUGGACGGGAGCCAGAGGUGUGACAACGGAGACGGCGCAAUCAUCUGAGCGGGAGGGAUGGGCGGGAAAAUUCACGAG